GGCGCGGUGGAAGGAAAGGAACGGGAGGAGGGAGAGAAAGAGAGAGAGGACUCCGCAAGCAUGCAGAUGGCCUUCAGCAGCUUCCUGCUCCCCCCGCCGUCGCCCCCGCUGCCCAGCCCCGCCGCGGCCGCCGCCUCCGCCUCCGCCUCCACCUCGUCCUCCUCGUACCCAGUGGCCGCGCACCGCGGCCGCCGCCCGCGGGGACCUCGCUGCCGCUGCGGCCGCUCGCCGGAGGUAACCCCCGCGACCACCACCAGCAGCGGUUCCGGCGACCGCGGCUCGUGCGAUGAGGAGGACGCCUCCGCCCCGCCUCCCCUCCCCGUCGAACCCGUCGGCGGGGUCGCCUCCACGGACAGCCUAACCGGAAGUGCGACACCAAGAUAUCAGGCAACUUCGACUAAAGGGGACACUAGGAAUGAAGAUCUUGAAAAAUGGGAAAACAAUCAACGCGGGACAGAUGGUUUAUCCAGUAGCAAGUCCAAGUCAGCUUACUCCAAAGCAUUUGGGGUGGAUUUGUCCCCAGAUAAUGUGGCUGUUGCCACUGUUUAUUUUGUGCAAGGAGUUUUAGGUCUUUCAAGACUAGCUGUCAGCUUUUACUUAAAAGAUGAUCUUCAACUUGAUCCAGCAGAGACUGCAGUUAUAACUGGUUUCUCAGCUUUGCCGUGGUUGGUCAAGCCUCUUUAUGGUUUUAUCAGUGAUUCCGUCCCUCUCUUUGGUUAUCGAAGAAGGUCGUACCUCAUUCUGUCAGGACUCCUUGGAGCAAUUUCAUGGAGUUUGAUGGCAACAAUUGUGGAUGACAAGUACAGUGCAGCGCUCUCUAUUAUUCUUGGAUCUCUUGCAGUUGCCUUCUCUGAUGUUGUGGUUGAUUCUAUGGUUGUUGAGAGAGCUCGGGGUGAGUCACAGAGCACAUCUGGAUCUCUCCAGUCACUGUGUUGGGGAUCUUCAGCCUUUGGGGCAAUUGUGAGCGCAUACUUCAGUGGUUCUCUUGUGGAUACUUAUGGUGUAAGAUUUGUCUUUGGUGUUACAGCAUUUUUACCCCUGAUGACAUCUGCUGUUGCAGUUCUUGUAAAUGAAAAGCGUUUGCCUACUGAGGAACGUUCCAUCUCACUUUCAAGUUCAAGGUUGAUUGAAAGCUCUAAGCAGCAGAUCAGGCAGAUUUGGACUGCUGUAAAGCAACCGAACAUUUUCUUGCCUACUUUGUUCAUAUUCCUUUGGCAAGCGACACCACAGUCGGAUUCUGCCAUGUUUUAUUUCGUCACAAACAAGAUUGGAUUCACUCCAGAGUUUCUAGGGCGUGUCACACUCGUUACAUCUGUUGCAUCCUUGCUGGGCGUCGGAAUAUAUAAUUCGUUCCUGAAGGCAGUUCCACUAAGAAAAAUCUUUCUUGUGACAACAAUUUUAGGUUCUGCCCUUGGAAUGACACAGGUUCUUCUUGUCACUGGGCUCAAUAGGAAGCUGGGGAUAAGUGAUGAAUGGUUCUCCAUUGGGGAUUCCUUGAUUCUCACAGUCCUUGGUCAGGCUUCGUUCAUGCCCGUGUUGGUGUUGGCCGCGAGAUUGUGUCCUCUGGGAGUGGAAGCGACAUUGUUUGCCACACUGAUGUCCAUUUCCAACGCGGGAAGUGUUGCCGGCGGUCUGGUGGGCGCGGGCCUAACUCAGUUUCUAGGAGUCACCAAGGACAACUUUGAAAAUCUGGCUCUGCUGAUCGUCAUCUGCAACCUCAGCUCUCUGCUGCCUCUGCCUCUCCUGGGUCUCCUUCCAGAUGGAUCACCGGAUGCCGAUAAUGGGCAAACAAAAGUCGAUUGAAAUAUUUUGAGCUUCUCUUAGGGAUUAUAGACUCAGAGAUAGUCAGAUCCUGGCGUGAACUCGAUCACCAGGGCGAGACGGGAUGAGAACUGCAGAGAUGUCAGAUCCUGGCGUGAACUCGAUCACCAGGGCAGACGAGAUGACAACUGCAGCUAACUUUGGGCAUUUGCUGGCGUGGUGCACGGUUGAUUGUUGAGAAGAGCGCACCCCCAGCAGAAGGUGAAGUUCUAGAUGACCGCACACCACGCUGCUCUUACCUGUAAUAAAACUCCGCACCAUCGCAGUCAAGAUUCAUGGUAAUCUACAUGCAAAUUUGAUGAUGUUAGCUCGGCUGGGAAGAAGAUGUGUCGUCUUGCAUCACCGUUGAUUCUCUGACAUCUUUCUUAGGUAAAUUAAACGCGGUAGAUGAACGCGAAGACUGGCUGCACCAAUGACUGCAUGUAUAUACUACAUUAUCUCACUUUGCUAUGCAUGUAUAUACAGAUAUCCUUUCUUAAAGAAAGGAAACAAAUGUGGAAUGUGGAGCGAGUUUCGUACUGCUACAUAUUGCAGUCGAUGCCAAAA